GGUGGGCACUCCUAGCCUUGACAUUGAUAGUGAGACAAACAAAGGACAAAACUCUCUCUCUCUCUCUCAACUUCUUCCUUUCUUCGUCAAAGAGAAACCCCAAGAUAAGAAAGACAAGCUUUGCAUAUCUCCCAUCUCCAUUUGGAUCGCAAUCAUGAGCAACGAAUAUGAUUAUCUGUUCAAGCUUUUGCUAAUCGGAGACUCUUCUGUUGGGAAAUCCUGUCUGCUUCUCAGAUUUGCUGAUGACUCUUAUGUAGACAGCUAUAUCAGUACCAUUGGUGUUGAUUUUAAAAUCAGAACUGUGGAGCAGGAUGGAAAGACAAUCAAGCUGCAGAUUUGGGAUACAGCUGGACAGGAGCGCUUCAGGACCAUAACGAGCAGUUAUUAUCGAGGAGCACAUGGGAUAAUUAUAGUCUAUGAUGUUACUGAGAUGGAGAGCUUCAACAAUGUCAAGCAGUGGUUGAAUGAGAUUGAUAGAUAUGCAAAUGAUAGUGUCUGCAAGCUUUUAGUUGGGAAUAAGUGUGAUCUAGUUGAGAACAAGGUCGUGGACACUCAAACAGCAAAGGCGUUUGCAGAUGAGCUUGGCAUUCCUUUCCUAGAGACAAGCGCUAAAGACUCGAUAAAUGUGGAGCAGGCAUUCUUAACCAUGGCUGGUGAAAUUAAGAAAAAAAUGGGUAACCAGCCAACCGCUAGCAAGUCCACCGGAACUGUUCAGAUGAAGGGGCAGCCAAUCGAGCAGAAGAACAACUGCUGUGGUUAGCUAUCCGUGUUGUAAUUUUAGUUGCUUGUCCUGAGGUUCGUAGGUAAAAAUGUGCUGUUCACAUCGCAAUCAUAUGGAUGUUCCAGAUACUGUCAGAUAUUCUGUGCUUUAAGUUAUCUAUCUGUGAAAAAAAUUCUUAUGUUGUUGAAGGGAUGAAGAUUAUAUUUAAAUGUAAUGUGAAUGUUAAAUA